UGUAUCUGGUAUGAGGUGUGUAUUUACCUAUACCGAUACCUUGUACGAUUGCCUCCUAUCUUGUCUAAAUUUACACUAUACAUAUCCACGUCAUAUCUGCUUGCUGAUCACACCGCCAGGCAGCGUUCCUGUGCCUGUAUGCCUGCGUGCAUUAACUCUGCGGGAUGGCAAGCUUUUCUUUCUAUCUACAACUAGUAAUGAUAUUUGCUAUUCUUUUUGCUUGAUCAGCUACCGUCACUUGUUUUUUUCUUGACUUGAGCUCCCACUCCUCGUAUCUCAUACAUGAAUUCCGAGCAUCCUUAAUUAGGUUAUAUUCACAAAAGCAC